UGGAAAUAUUAAUUGUAAUGGAACGAAAAUUCCUGUUGCCCUCCCCGAAUUUCGAUAAAACGUUUAAUAAACCAAAUAAGACUAAUUUGCAUUAUCUAACACCAUCUGGCAUGACGCUACUUUCACGUGAAAAACAGCCACCUCCGAUGUAUGGAGCGCACGGAAGUACAGUGGCUCCAAAAUAUUUCCAAGUAGGGAAAACACAAUAUUAGCCUUACAAAAAUCACAUCAAAUCACUCUCCGCCUCGGACCGAAUACUGUGGAAACUGUAAGAUGGAGCUGGCCACAGCGCAAGAUAUGCGUCGUCAUUUAAACCAGCAUCAAACCUGUCCCGCUGAGGAAUGCAGAUUUACAGCUCUAUCAUUCGUUAUGGAAGGACAUAUUGAGGCAAACCACAUAACGGGUUUGUACAAAACUGUAAAAAAAGUAUGGACCCCUCAGAAUAUUGCUGCCUGGCGCGCCGAACGAUGCAAGAGAUUUCCAACGGUAGCUAGCGUAAAAAUAGCCAAACAGGCUAUAGAACAGCGCUUAAAACGAGGCGAACGCCUUGAGGCAUCUAAAAGGCGCUUUGGGAUAUUAAAUGACAGACGAAGCAUGCGCUUGCACCCAAUCAAUAAGAAACGGAAAUCUGUUAAGGAAAGUAAAAAACUCAGAUGCAUGAAUACUUCGGAAGGACAAUCAGACCGUCAGAAAGGGCCAAUGAAAGUAAUGGAGGACACUACUGUACAAGAUCCAAGCAAUUCGUGUUUAAUUGAUGUGCCAAUUUUUCGUGGGACUAGUAACAUGAUUGAUUACAAGCAUAUAACGCUUAAAUCCAAAAACGAGGUUGAUAAUGCAUUAAGCAACAUGUUGCGAAUGUACGAUACGGACAAUGAGAGCGAAAUUGAGGCAUCAUAUGAUGUAAAUGAUUUGGCUCACUUUACUUUUGUAGGAUACAAGAAUACUGUAGAUAACCAUGAUGAUACUUCAGAUCAUACCGAGCUUACAUAUUCAGUCACGCAUUUCACAGAAAAUAUUAACAAAGAUAAAUUCACUAUAGGUUUAAGCUCUUCCGAUGAAGGACCUGAUGACGUACCCAUUGAACGAAACAAAGAACCCUUUUCGAUAGUACAACAGGUUCAAACAAGACCGAUAGUCAUCAGAAACUUUAAAUCAAUUAAUAAAAACAAUAGAAAGCAUCCUUCUCCAAAGGCUUGCAUUACACGCAUUACUGGCUUGAAUUACACGCAAAAUGUUAUUGGCAGAGCCUAA